AUGUUCCAGAUCAAGUGCCUCGUGCCAAAGCUGGAACCCAAAGACGUGAAAUGGAACAUGCUUGAGGCUGUGAUCUCCUCCCUAUGGAACUUCCUCAUCUGCUCGUUCCUGCUGCAAGUUACACCUUUUAUCCUCAAGAAAUUGGACAACAUGUGAAGAUGGGCAUCACAUAUGAAUGCAUGAUAUGAGGAACCCAGUGACACUUUCUACCCCUGCAAAUGACUAGGCCCAGAAAGAUGUCAGAGACACUG